AUGCUGUGUCAUCGCCAGGCUAGCGCACUUUGCGCCGCGGACCCGCAAAUCCGCCACCUUUCCCGCGACUCCGCGCGCAGAGCUCCUCACCGCGUGCGCAUCACCGCAACGGCGCAGAUUCCCGCGUCGAGGAACGACCGCGCGCUAAACAGCACUGCCAAUUCCGCCACUCCCUCCCCCGCGCAUAGUCCCGACGGCAGCGCCACGCUUGAAAGCGCUUCCGCUGCUACUAGUGCUUCCGGCGAUUCAUCCCCGCCGAAUGGCUCCGCGCGUCCCCUUACAAGCGGAUCCGCGACCAACGGCCGCGCCAGGGGCACGGGUGGGGGAAACGGGGAGGGAGAAGCGGAGAGCGAGCGGGCGGCGAUGCGCGCAGCGAUACGGGAGCGGACCAAGGCGGUGCGCGCGAGAUACGCGCGCGUGAAGGACGUGCGGAAGGAGCACAUUCCCCCUGACGUGUUCGACUACCUGCGCGCCGUGCAAGAGGUCAUUCAGGGGGAUCAAGGCGGCGAAUCCCGCGCGAGCAGCACUACAGCUGCUGCGCCUUUCCCUCUGCCCUUUCCCCCGCUCCCGCUGCCCUUCCCCCAGCUCCCCCUGCCCGCCCCCCUGCCGCCGCUCCCCCUGCCCGUCCCCCCGUUCCUGGAGUCGCUAUUCCCCGGGUCCGCGGGGGCCGCCGUUGAGAGCAGCGCAGGCGCGGGGAGCGAAGAGCGCGCGGCGGAGAAGGCGGAGAGCGGGCCUCCGCGGUUCCUGUGCCCCGCGGAUGCCGUUCCGCCCAGCGACGCGGGGCUGCUUCCGCGGCUCUUCUUUCUGCCAGGCAUCGAGGGAACGGGGUUUGGCCUGCAGCUGCACCACAAGACACUCGCCAGGUAUGCCCUCGUCUGGACAGCCAAAGGUGAUCAACAGCUAGGCAAGGUGCACUCAAGGUUGUUCGAGGUGACCUGUCUGUUCGUGCCUCUAUCUGACCGCACGGACUUCACUCGCCUCGUCGACCUGGUGGAGGAGGAGGUGGUGACGUGUCUGCACGUGCCACUCUCUGACCGCACGAGCUUCACUCGCCUCGUCGACCUGGUGGAGGAGGAGGUGGUGAGGGAGCACAAGCUGAACCCCUCCCGCGCGCUCUUCAUCCUGGGGGAGUCAUUUGGCGCCCUGCUCGCCCUCGCUGUGUCUGCCCGGAAUCCCAAGCUGCCCAUCACCCUCGUGCUCGUCAACCCUGCAACGAGCUUUCCGCGCUCACCACUGCACCCACUGAUCCCAGUGCUGCGCUCCAUCCCACCGGACGUCUACCGCGUCUUCCCCUACCUUCUCAGCUUCACCAUGGCCAUGUGCCUCUCCACGCCUCGCCUCGCUACAAUAUUCGCUCAAGCUCCCUCCCAACCACCCCCUUCCCUCCCCCCAGGCACCCCCAUGCGCAUGGCGUCAAGGCGAGUGCCCCUGGACGCCUCGCCUCUCGACUGCCUGCUGCAGCUCAGGCAGAACCUGCUCGACCUGCUGCCCAUCCUGCCUGCGAGACAUGCGGCCCAUUCUUUCUCUCCUCUCCCCCCUUCCCUCCUCCCAGGCAACCCCAUACGCAUGGCAUCAGGGCGAGUGCCCCUAGAUGCCUCUCCGCUCGACCGCCUAGUGCAACUCCGGCAGAACCUGCUCGACCUGCUGCCCAUCCUGCCCCUCGUGGCGGACAUACUUCCCCAGGAGACGCUGGAGUGGAAGCUGGAUCUGCUGGAGGAAGGGAGUGCUGCUGUGGAGCCCGUACUGAAAGACAUCAAGCACACCACGCUCAUCGUCGCCGGGGGUGAGGAUCAGAUGCUACCGAGUGAGGAAGAGGCAAAGCGGUUGCACAAGGAGAUGGCGGCUUGCACAACGGUGGUGAAGCAGUGCCCCAACUCGGGGCACACUCUGCUGCUGGUGAGCGCAUGGUUGCUGUGGUAUGAAGGCUGGCACCGAGAGGGAGAUGGCGUCACUGAGGGAUGGGUACAUCAGGGCAUGAUGAAGGGUGCGCUAGGAGAUGGCAGCUUGCACCACGGUGGUCAAGCAGUGCCCCAACUCGGGGCACACACUGCUGCUGGUGAGCGCCAUGGGGUGGUGCUGACGGAGCAGACGUGUGCUACUCUCCUGCCCUAUUACUCUCUUCUCAAGUUCCCCAACCUCUCCUCCUCCCUCCCCACCCCCACUCUCCCCUUACAGGAGGCGGACAUAGAUCUGGCGAGCAUCAUCAAGGGCGCGGGCGUGUACAGGCGCAGCAGCAGCAGGCGGGAGGACCCGCAAGUGGACGGCUUCGUGCUGCCCACUGUGGAGGAGUUUGCACGCAGCAAGGGCGGCAUGGACGGCACGAUUCGUCUCAUGUGCUCGCCCGUGUUCCUGUCCACAGUGGUGGACGAUGCGCGAGACACCACCGACCUCAGCAGGGUCCUCAGGAACUCCUCUUCCCCCUCCCACUCCUCCCAUUCCUCCUCCUCUUCGUCGUCCGCGCGCAUCGUGCUGGGUUUAGAGGGCAUAGCAACAGACGAGCGCCCGCUGCUCUUCGUGGGAAACCACCAGACGUACGCGCCGGACCUCUCCCCCUUAAUCGCAGAGCUGCUCGCACAUGGAGUGCCACUAAGAGGACUUACCCACCCCGUCGCUCUCGGCAUGCACAACCCCAUGGCGGAGGAGUUCCGUCUAUGCAGUGCCGGGCUGGUGCUUCUUCCCCUCGGUCCCCUUCCCACACCCAUACACGUGCCCUCGCCCCCUCCUUCUCCCCUCGCUCCCUCCUCUCCCCUUUUUGCCUCUCUAGUUCCCCGGCUCCAUAGAGCCCAACCCCAUGGCAGAGGAGUUCCAUCUUUCCCCGGCUCCAUAGAGCACAACCCCAUGGCAGAGGAGUUCCGUCUCUUCGGCGCCGUGCCGGUGACGCCUAAAGUGCUGCACCGCCUGAUGGCCACCGACCAGGCGGCGCUGCUGUUUCCCGGAGGGAUGAGGGAGGCAUUGAGGAAGCGGGCGGCGCUGCUGUUCCCAGGAGGGAUGAGGGAGGCGCUGAGGAAACGGGUGCUGCACCGCCUGCUCGCCACCGACCAGGCGGCGCUGCUGUUCCCUAGAGGCAUGCGGGAGGCACUCAGGAAGCGGGUGAGUGGCACUCGGGAGGAGAUGAAUGCAUGUUGGUGCUGGGCUGGUGAGUUGACCCUGGGAGGUGGCUCAUUGCACCGCCUGAUGGCAACAGACCAGGCGGCGCUGCUGUUCCCAGGGGGCAUGCGGGAGGCGCUGAGGAAACGGGGCGAGGAGUACAAGCUCUUCUGGCCGCACCGCGCUGAGUUCGUCCGCAUGGCGGUCAAGUUUGGAGCAGUGAUCAUUCCCUUUGCAUCGGUGGGAGUUGACGAUGCAUACAAUUUUGUGUUAGAUGCGGACGAGCUACCCAACGUGCCGGUGUACGGGGAACAGAUCAAGCAGUUCAUGGACUAUGUGCCUAAAGUCAGAGAGGACGAGAUAGCGGGGCCAGCAGCAGAGCGCUUCCUGGCGCCAGUGGUGCUGCCCAGCAAGAUCAACCGCCUCUACAUCAAGUUCGGAGCCCCCAUCCGCACUGCCGUGCUGGCCAGCAAGAUCAACCGCCUCUACAUCAAAUUCGGCGCCCCCAUCCGCACUGCCGGUACGCCCCUCCUGUCACCACCAUUGUCUUGCUCUCUUGCUCCAACACACCUCAACGCUCCUUGUGGUGCGGGCGGUGCUGCCGAGUACGCGGUGCUGCCGAGCAUGCGGGAGGUGUUGACAGACCAGCAGGCAACAGCAGCGCUGUACGCGCAUGUGAAGGGCGAGGUGGCAAGGGGAAUAGAGCAGGGUCCUUGCACUCUCACACUGCCUUCCCUUACCCCUCUCCCCUCCCACCCUUCAGGCAUGCGGGAGGUGUUGACAGACCAGCAGGCAGCAGCAGCGCUGUACGCACAUGUGAAGCGGGAAGUGGAAGCAGGGAUAGAGUACCUGCUGAGGAAGAGAGAGGAGGACCCAUAUGCCGACCUUGGGGCGAGACUGUUGUAUGAAGCCACGUGGGGGGGCGAGAGGCAAGCACCCACUUUCAAGCCCUGA